AUGUCUUUACGCGGCAAAGUGAUCGCAAUUACCGGAGCUGCUUCGGGAAUUGGGUUGCAGCUGAGCAAGCUUUGUGCAUACAAGGGUGCCAAAUUGGCUCUUGCAGAUGUCCAAGAGGAGGCGCUGGAUGCCUUGGUUUCAGAAAUCAAGGCGAGUGGCAUUGAGGUAAUAGGUAGCCGAGUGAAUGUUGCUUCAAAUCAGGAGGUGGAUGAUUGGAUCAAUGCAACGGUCAAUCACUUUGGCACACUUGAUGGCGCUGCAAACCUUGCCGGCGUUGAAUCGGGUCCAAAGCAGCUGGCUGGGCCACUCGCAGAACUCGCGAAUGAGGACUGGGAUCACAUUCUGUCGAUCAAUCUCACCGGCUUGAUGUAUUGUGUUCGGGCUCAGAUCAGAGUUAUGCAGGCAGGGGCCUCGAUUGUGAACGCAGCCAGUAUUGCCGGUUUGAUGGGCCGUCCAGGAAUUUCCGCUUAUUCCGUGAGCAAACACGGGGUCGUUGGCUUGACAAAGACAGUUGCCAAAGAGGUUGGACCUAAAGGCAUUAGAGUAAAUGCAAUUGCUCCAGGACCCGUCGAGACACCGAUGCUUCAGAGGAUAUUCGAUGUCUCGGAGAAGAAGGACGCCCCGUUCACAAGUACAUAUGCAAAUAUGCCACUUAAGAGGAUGGGAAAGCCAGAGGAAAUCGCGCAACUUUGUACAUUUCUUCUCAGCGAUGAAUCGAGCUUUAUGACCGGAGUGGUCUGUCCCAUCGAUGGAGGGUUGAUGGCAUGA